AUGAAAAAGUCAGAUGAAAAAGAGCUAGAAUUUUUGCAAAAAAUGAUGGACACAAUAGACUUUUCGGACGAGGAGGAAGCUUUUAGUGCAAGUGAGUCGGAGUAUGAAAAAAACGAGUCAAAGAAUGAGAGUUCAAGUGAUGAGGAUAUUCCUGUCAAGAAAAGGAAGCUCAUGAGGUCUACUAAAAACCAAAAGAAGAUAAAUAUGGAAAAUACCGAUUUGAAUGUUUUUUCCGCUUCCGAUAAGUAUAUCAAUGACACAACAAAAGUUGGAAAGCUUGAACAAUCGUGCAAUGUACCCUCUACUUCCAGAAAUAUUGCCCAUCAAGUAGAAGAUGAACUAUCGGACCAGAAAUCUACUAACGGGAACUCUAGUUCUAUUACUAGUGAAAAUAAUUUGAUUAUAAUACCGUCUCAAAUUGAAAAAGAAUACAUUCAUCCAGUUACGAGUGAAAAUCAUUUGAUUAUACUACCAUCACAAAUUGAAAAAGACUUCCAAAUCGCUAAUAUUUUAAUUUCAAAGGACAUAAAUAGUUCAGCCACUCAAUCAUUCGACAUAAUAAAUCAUGAACCGAACCAAUAUUUACUUCAAGCUAUUUCUAAUACUCCAGAUGAAACGCCAAGCAUUAUAGACAAUAUUCACGCUCCGAAUGGAAGCAUACUACCUCUUGUUAAUUCCAGUCAUCAAGUUGUAUUCAAUCCACCUAUAUCAGAUGAUAGUGAUACAGAACAUAAACUUGUCCCUUAUUCUGAUUCUGACUCAGACUUGCUUUCUGAAAUAAGAAAAAAAGUAGGUCACACCCAAAUGGAGGUGGAUUCUAUGCAUUCCACGUUAGAACGUCAGCUUAAAAAUAAAAUGAUAAACGUGCCAGCUGAAUACAUUUCUAUUGUUAAAAAUUCCCGAAAAUUACCAGUCCCAUAUGUUGUAAAAUAUUUGGAACACACUUUCUUUAAAAAAUUUGAAGAAAUACAAUUUUUUAAAAGCAUUCGCCCAGGAAGUUCUAAAGGAGAUCCUAAGGUAACCGACAUUCGAGCUCUAAGUUAUGAAAGUAAUGGAUCCAUUCUCUAUAAAACUUUUUAUAAGGAUAAAUGGCAACCUUUACCACAAACAAUAUCUUCACAACUCCAUACUUGUAAGACUAGUCAUUUAACGCAAUUGCACCGAAAUAGACGUGAAAUCUCCCUCCGGAAGUUUGAAGACUUGCAGGAAAUCAAAAAGACUUUUCCAUCUGACUAUCAUAAAUAUUAUGAUGAUUUACCUCCUGAGUAG